UGACAAAAACGAACCCUUUGCUCCUCUCUCAUCACCGUAGAAUCCCACAACACUAGAAACUUCCAUUCAUUGUUCAAAAAAUUAGGGUUUUGCCAAAGGGGUUUAGAGGCUUUGCUCGCUCGCAACCAUAAACCCCUAAUCAUCUUCUCCAAAUGGUUCGCUCUAAUGGCGUCAAGCUUCUUCGAUCUCUCUCCCCUAAACUCCUCCGCAACGGAGAGAAAUCCUUAUAUGAAGGAGUUUUCCAAAGGAGUUACAGAACGUUGAAUUCAGGAUUUUGUAAUUCUUCCAAAGUUAUUGGAAAUUGUUAUCCCAAUGUUGGAAAUGGUGUUAAUUUGAAGAACUGGGUGCUCUUGGGAGCAGCUAAUACUUAUUUUGGGGCAUCUAGAUCCAUUCAUGGCUCAGCACCAUUGGCAAGAGAUUUUUACGAUGUUCUUGGAGUUAAUAAGAACGCAAGUGCUUCUGAAAUAAAGAAAGCAUACUACGGGCUUGCAAAAAAGCUCCAUCCUGACACAAACAAAGAUGACCCUGAAGCUGAAAAGAAAUUUCAAGAAGUUUCGUUGGCAUAUGAGGUUUUGAAGGACGAUGUAAAGCGUCAACAGUAUGACCAGGUUGGGCAUGAUGCUUUUGUAAACCAAGAAAGCAAUGGUUUUGGUGACGGUGGUGCUGGUGGCUUUAAUCCAUUUGAGCAGAUAUUCCGUGAUCAUGAUUUUGUCAAGAACUUCUUUCACCAGAACAUUGGCGGACAGGAUGUUAAGACUUUCGUUGAACUUUCCUUUAUGGAAGCUGUCCGAGGAUGCACCAAAACCAUUACAUUUCAAACAGAUAUGCUUUGUAACACUUGUGGUGGAAGUGGGGUUCCUCCUGGUACACGACCUGAAACCUGUAAACGCUGUAAAGGGUCAGGAGUGACAUCUGUACAAGCUGGCAUAUUUAAGAUGGAGACUACAUGCGGUACAUGCAAGGGAACCGGAAAAAUUGUAUCGAGUUUCUGCAAGUCAUGCAGGGGUGCAAAGGUUAACAAAGGAACAAAGUCAGUCAAAUUGGAUAUUAUGGCCGGGAUUGACAACAAUGAAACCAUUAAGGUUUAUAGAAGUGGUGGUGCAGAUCCUGAUGGAGAUCACCCUGGUGAUCUUUAUGUUACUAUAAAGGUCAGGGAAGAUCCUGUCUUCCGUAGAGAAGGAUCUGAUAUUCAUGUAGAUACUGUUUUAAGUAUCACGCAGGCAAUUUUGGGUGGAACCAUUCAGGUCCCAACUCUUACCGGUGAUGUUGUUCUUAAGGUGCGUCCUGGAACACAACAUGGUCAGAAGGUUGUUCUGAAAAAGAAAGGGAUCAAGACCAAAAAUUCUUAUUCAUUAGGGGAUCAAUACGUUCACUUUAACGUCAACAUCCCAAUAAACCUGACAGAAAGGCAGCGGGAAUUGAUCGAAGAGUUUCAGAAGGAAGAAGAUGAAUCUUCUGAUAAAGGAAAAGCUGCAUCUGGUUGAAAACAUUUACUAUCAAAUUUUGCUUAACAAGGCACAAAGAUGUCUGCAAUUGAAGUUUUGUAGAAAUAUUAAUUAUUAUUUUUUAUUUCCCUUUUGCCCUUCUCUUAUUAUAUUACAUGUAAUAUAUCUCGUCAUAAGAGAUGACCACACAUUCUCAAUUCAUUUUCAAGGUUAGUUGACAGACAGUCCCUUCAUUCACCUCUAGACAUCUAUGUAUAUAUACACUCUUUAGCAUAAAGCGGGGCAAAUUAUGAAUUGUCAUUCUUUUUUUCCUUCUAUCAUAAAUAGAGGAACCUUGACAUUAUUGA